GGCGGCGGCGGCGGGCUGCGGCGGGUCGCCGCGCGGAUGGCAACGCUGAUGACCGUCCGGAGACUCGCCUCCAUCUGUACCAUGGGCGCCAAUGCCUCUGCUUUGGAGAAAGAGAUUGGUCCGGAUCAAUUUCCUAUAAAUGAACAUUACUUCGGCUUGGUGAAUUUUGGAAACACCUGCUACUGUAACUCCGUCCUCCAGGCCCUUUACUUCUGUCGUCCAUUUCGGGAAAAAGUGUUGGCCUACAAGGUCCAGGCCCGCAAAAAGGAGACCCUCCUGACCUGCUUGUCGGACCUCUUCAACAGCAUUGCCACCCAGAAGAAGAAAGUGGGGGUCAUCCCCCCCAAGAAGUUCAUCUCCCGGCUGAGGAAAGAAAACGAGCUGUUUGACAACUAUAUGCAGCAGGACGCACACGAAUUCCUGAACUAUCUAUUGAACACGAUUGCGGACUUGCUGCAAGAAGAAAAGAAGCAGGAAAAACAGAACGGAAAACUCCAGAAUGGAAGCAUUGAGAGUGAGGAAGGGGAGAAGACCGAGCUUACGUGGGUCCAUGAAAUCUUCCAGGGAACACUAACAAACGAAACUCGCUGUUUAAACUGUGAAGCUGUGAGCAGCAAAGAUGAAGAUUUUCUGGACCUGUCGGUUGACGUGGAACAAAAUACAUCAAUCACACAUUGCCUGAGAGGGUUCAGUAACACCGAGACUCUGUGCAGCGAGUACAAGUACUACUGUGAGCAGUGCCGCAGUAAACAGGAAGCGCAGAAGAGGAUGCGCGUGAAAAAGCUGCCCAUGAUUCUCGCUCUGCACCUGAAAAGGUUCAAAUACAUGGACCAGCUCCACCGAUACACCAAGCUUUCCUACCGCGUGGUCUUUCCUCUAGAGCUUCGGCUCUUCAACACAUCAGGAGAUGCUACAAACCCGGACCGAAUGUAUGAUCUCGUGGCUGUGGUGGUGCACUGCGGCAGUGGUCCAAAUCGUGGACAUUAUAUCACCAUUGUGAAGAGCCACGGCUUUUGGUUGCUCUUCGAUGACGACAUCGUAGAGAAAAUCGACGCUCAAGCAAUUGAAGAAUUCUAUGGAUUGACCUCAGACAUUUCCAAAAACUCAGAAUCUGGGUAUAUCCUUUUCUACCAAUCCAGAGACUGAGACUCCCACCAUUUGGGGGACACCUUGCGCACAAAAGAAGGGAUCAAGGCUGUGCCCAGAAAGGACCACAGAGUGAUGGCCGAAACGAUUCCUCCCGGUUAUCCUGGGCAAUCAAGGGGUGCAUUUCCUUGAAGAGAACAAUUCUGAGCAAGGAUGCAUUUUGCUUUGAUUUUCUUUCUAGGCUAUUUUAUACUUGCUAACUUCCAAAAUCUUUUACCUCUACUUGAAACCUGGCUGCUUAACUCUUCAAGAACCAAGAAAGUGAUUUUUAAAGUAACAUUGUAAAAUCCGUUCACUGUUCAGUCGUGGCUUAAGACUCUUCUUUGGUUUCCGUUAUUGCCAUUUUUUCUGUAUGCUAACAGAACGAUUUCCCCUCCGGUAUUUGCUGAAUCCCUGUCCUCUUUUGGGACUCAAGCAGAAGAAAGUUGAUGAAAGUUGCAGCUUCGGUCGGUCAUUCAAGACUGCGGCCAGCUUAAAUCAUCCUGGAAGCAUCGCGCUUUAAUUUUUACUCUUUUUUUUCCUAUGGGAAAAAGGACAUUAAGCAUUUCUACAGGAUUGAUGAUUUUGUUAAAGAUGUCACUUUUACUUCCGAUAACACUAUUUAUUCUACAUUUGUUCCACUUUGUCUCUUUCUUAAAAUUUUCCUUGGAAAGUAAUUUUUAUAUGCUUUAUAAAUCUGUUAAUCCUUUGUAAAAAAAAAAAAAGAGAGAGAGAGAUUUUGACUCAGAACCGCAAUACUGUAGAAGUCAGAAAAGAAAUAGACGUAAGUGUUGGAGGUCACAUCUAGCGUAAAAACUAAAAGAACAGUUUCUCGGAGCUCUUCUCUAAGCCACAAGUGCCCUCUGCUGAAACCCAGGAUCUGUUAAGGGUUCAGUUUUGCAGGUAAGAAGCAAUUCUCAGCAUGGAUCGCCAUGCCGUAUGUAAAUGGACACCACUGCUCUAAACGUUUAAGCUUCAAAUAAUAAUUACGAUUUUGGCCUUGAAAACAAUUCAGGGGUGGGUUAAGGACUUAAAGGAAAGUCUGUCUAUGCCUUGAAAAGAAUUCCUCUUAACUUCCAUCACCUCCUGCGAGAUCUCCACCUCUCGUUUUGCAGUGCACAUUUAUGCUGCUGCUGCUGUUGCUGCUUCAACAGAGAAAGAGAGAGAGAGAAAAGGCAGUAUUAUAAAGACUAAAUCAACUUAGCGUCUAUUUUCCAAUGAUACGCGUUAUAACUCGGAGCCUUUUUAAAAGGGGAAAAAUACGCAGUGGAGAAGGAUCUGCCGGAAUUAUUUAGGCUCCUAAGAACCUUAGAUUGGGCUGUGACCUGAAAGCCAGUUAGGGCUGUGGGAACCACUGGUGCUUCUCCCUCUUCCCAGCAGCCUCCCAGAAGGCCUGGUGGUGCCAAGCGCCCCCCAAUGAAGGGCAGCUGAUCCCAGCCGCCCUUGGCGUGCCUUGACGAAUGCACCGCUUGCUUUGUUGGUCCACACGAAUGGUAAUAAGAAUGGACUUCCUGUUUGAGAGAACUCUAAAAUUAUCUCUUCUCGUCCCCCGAAGCUUCCCACAAUCACCUGCUGCCGGGAAUUGCCAAGAAAGAGGAUCAACUCAAAAAACAGCAACGGUUGAACUCGAAUCUGGGAUUGGAAGGCCAGGCCAACGGCUGCUUCCAAAGGUUUGCCUGGCUUGUGCCGGCAACAAAAAAGCGCGACAUUUUCCUUGCUUCCUCAGCUCCAUAUCUGUUGGUUGAAUUGGAAAGCUUUCCCUUGCAUCUCUGCAGCAGCACCCAAACUCCAUAGACCAGGAGUCUCCAGCCCCGGCCACUUUAAGGCCAGAGGCAAAGCUGGCUGGGAGUUGAAGUCCUCUGGGCUUAAAGGGGCCAAGGUUGGAGACCCCUGCCACAGGCCAUGUCCGAGAAGGAGACUCGCCUUAGCCCCCUUCAGAGCAUCAGCGGCUCUACGGGUUUCCAUGAGGCCUGGAAGAAGUUGGCGCUCUCUCCAAGAGCAGAUCCUCAGCGAGGUUCCCAAAAUGGAAUAGCUGGGACCUCCAGGGAGAGUCUAAGAUUGUCUUAGCAGCGGCUGCUUGCUUUCUUUUGGUUAGCAGGGACCUUCCCUUCACGGCACAUAAUGUCACGUAAUGAAUAAUUCCGAUUUCCACAGUCUCACUACUUCAGGCAGGCCACUGGUGCGGUUAUGUUCAGUCCCACAUGCCAGAGUCCCAUUUUGUUCAGAGGUGGGUCAUCUCUAAUACAAAGAGCUGUUGACAACUAGUAGGCGGUUUGUGCGUUCAGUAUGAAUUUUCGGUUAUAAAACCACAAAAGAUCCUUAAUCCACUUCACCCUGUAGACCCACCCCACCACUUCGGUAGGUGAAGCUGGUUGCUCCAUAGGCAAAGACCCCACCCCAACCCAUUGGAAGGCAGGGAACACUGCUCAGCAUAGGAAAAGGCCAACUUGCAUUUUGUAUAUUUGGUGAUAAUGUUUUUACGAAUAAUACCUGACUUGAACAAGGGAGAGAGUAUUGGAAAAAAUAUAUAUAUGUUCUAGAUUAAAGUGCACUUUUGCUACAGAUUUAUAAGGGGAUUGAAUUGGAAGAGAAUGGGAUGAUGUGACUUCUGUAUCAUAAAUGAUGCCCUGAUAUCACCAAUAAAGGUCGCGUAUGGUGAAA